CCCCACCCCCACCGGGGCUAUUGCCGUUUCUUUCCCGCCGAAAGUAAGCGCGGGUUUUCCUUCUUUCCCUCCGUCUCCACGCACCUACAUGUAUAAAUAAGCACAACAAGGAGACAAAUCGACAAGCGAAGCAGAGCGCCUCCUUUUUCUCUCUUUCUUCUUCUCCAGUUCUUUCGUCCAGUCUGCUUCGUCGGGUUCACAGAGGCAGUAGCCAAAUCGCCCUAAUUUUCCGAAUUUGGAGACCUUUAGGGCUGGCUUCACAGCAAGAAAUAAGAGCAGAAAUGGGGGCCAAGGCGACAGGGGAGCUCAUAGAAUCGGUUCGAUCCGUUCUUGGCGGUGACUUUUCAGAAAUGAACAUCAUCCGAGCCCUCCACUUGGCCAAGAACGAUGUCACCGCGGCCAUCAACAUCCUCCUUGACACUCCUUCCUUCAGCCCCAGACAUAAAUCCUCCCCAUUUCAGAUGACCCCGACUCCUCCUUCACCCUCUUCUUCCUCUCCCUCUUCUUCUUCAUCAACAAAGAGGAUCAGUGAUUCUGAACGAGCGGCCGACAUCGAGAAGAUGAGGCAAGACGAUGGGCUAACCGAACUACAGGGUUCUUUGUCAACGUCCAAACCAUUGACAUCAACCGGCAGCGAUUGGUUAUGCGUUGGAAGCGCUGAACUUACUGGGUUGUCUACCUGCAAAGGAAGGAAGAUUAAGGUUGGGGAUCCCGUGGUCAUCUCGUUUCCUUCGAAGAGUAAUGCAAGCUUGUCGUCUGGUACCAAGACAUUCGGCAGAGGAAGACCGGUUGCAACUACUUCUGAGAUUGUUAGGUUCUCUUCCCAGCAGUCCGGCGAGAUUGGUCGAAUCCCGACAGAGUGGUCGCGUUGCCUUUUGCCUUUAUUUAACGCAGAAAAGAUCCGAAUCGAAGCAUACUGCAAGUGGGCACCCGAAAUCCUCAGCAUUAUGGACACGGUUGUCUUGUCAGUCAGCGUAUACCUUAAUAGUUCCAUGUUCCGGAAAUAUCAACAAACUCCUCUCAAGGAGAACCGUCAAUCUCCGGACGAAUCCAUUGUUCAACCACUUCCUACAUUGUUCAGAUUGCUUGGGCUUUCACCUUUUAAAAAGGCUGAAUUUACUCCAGAAGAUCUAUAUUCUAGAAAACGUUCCAUUGGUACAAAGGAUAAUUCUGGAAUUCAUCUGCCUUUAGAGAAAUGUAGAAAAUUGUCUUCGAAUCCUAUUAAAAUGGAAAAUGUGCAAGAGGAUUCCAUCUCUGAAACUGACAUGGAUAAGAUCGUUGGAACUUCAGAUAGUUCAUAUCUAGAGGAAAUGGAUCCGCCUGAUACCCUUCAAUGUGAAUUAAGGCCUUAUCAAAAGCAGGCACUCCAUUGGAUGUGCCAGCUGGAGAAAGGAAGAGACCUAGAGGAGGCAGCAACAACUCUUCACCCUUGUUGGGAGGCAUAUCACCUGGGGGAGAAGAGUGAAUUUACUAUUUAUUUGAAUGCCUUCUCUGGGGAUGCUACAGUUGAAUUUCCUAGUGCUCUUCAAAUAUCAAGAGGAGGAAUUUUGGCUGAUGCGAUGGGCCUUGGGAAGACCAUAAUGACAAUUGCUCUGCUUUUAUCUGAUCCUCCUGGAGAUAGACUUGGCAUUCAUCCCGGUGGUCAAGCUUGUGAAAGUCGUGAACUGAACAAGGACGUUGAUCUGCCUCCAAAUCAUUCAAAUACUAUUACGAAAAUUCCUGGCUUUAAUAAGUUGAUAAAAGCUACAAGGCUGUUGCAGAUUAAUGGCGGGAAUCUGAUUGUUUGUCCAAUGACAUUGCUCGGCCAGUGGAAGGUGGUAAGAGAGGAAUGUGAAGGGUGUCAAACCCUUGAUCAAGUCCCAACCCUGCCAUUUUGUUGCCUGCUAAGGCUUGGUGGUCGGUGCUCACCCUCAAUUUUUGAGAUCGAAACCCAUGCCCAAACUGGAUCUCUAUCUCUGUUUGUCCAUUAUGGCCAGACCAGACCUAAGGACGCUAAAUUUCUAGCUCAAUAUGAUGUUGUUUUAACAACUUAUGGUGUGCUUUCUUCGGAAUUCUUCGCUGAGAAUACGGAGGACAACGGUGGGCUUUAUUCUGUCAGCUGGUUCAGGGUUGUGCUUGAUGAAGCACACACUAUAAAAUCUUCUAAAAGCCAAGUUUCUAUGGCUGCAGCUGCGCUUGCUGCUGAACGCAGAUGGUGUUUAACUGGCACUCCUAUACAAAACAAUUUAGAGGACAUAUAUAGCCUUCUUCGAUUUUUGAGGGUGGAGCCCUGGCGGAGCUGGGGAUGGUGGAAUAGACUUAUUCAAAAGCCUUUUGAAGAAGGUGAUGAGCGUGGUUUGAAGCUAGUCCAAUCUAUAUUAAGGCCAAUAAUGUUAAGAAGAACAAAGUGUAGCACUGACAAAGAAGGAAGGCCAAUCCUAGUUCUUCCCCCAGCUGAUGUUCAGGUGAUCUAUUGUGAACUUACAGAAGCUGAAAGGGACUUCUAUGAGGCCUUAUUCAAAAGGUCAAAGGUCAAGUUUGACCAGUUUGUGCAACAAGGGCGGGUUCUUCAUAAUUAUGCCUCCAUUCUCGAGUUACUCCUGCGACUUCGCCAAUGCUGUGAUCAUCCUUUUCUUGUGAUGAGCCGUGGUGAUACACAAGAUUUCACCGACUUAAACAAACUAGCAAGACGCUUCAUGAAGGGCAGCCAAGAUGAUUUGGAUGGUGAAUCUAGUUCAGCACCACCCAAAGCUUUUGUCCAGGAAGUCAUAGAAGAACUACGAAAAGGUGAACAAGGAGAAUGCCCUAUUUGCCUUGAGGCCUUUGAAGAUGCUGUACUUACACCUUGUGCUCACCGCCUAUGUCGAGAAUGUCUUUUGGCAAGUUGGCGAAGUGCCAUGUCUGGUCUUUGCCCUGUUUGCAGGAAAAACAUAAAUAGGCAAGGCCUCAUUACCGCCCCUACAGAGAGCCGAUUUCGUGUUGAUGUUGAGAGGAACUGGAUAGAAUCUUCAAAAGUUUCGAUUCUUCUGAAUGAGUUGGAAAGGCUUCACUCUUUAGGAUCUAAGAGCAUUGUUUUCAGCCAGUGGACUGCUUUCCUUGAUCUUCUACAGAUUGCUUUUUCUAGGAGAAAUUUACCAUUUAUUCGUCUAGAUGGCACCUUAAACCAGCAACAACGGGAGAAAGUUAUCAAGAAGUUUUCUGAAGAAAAUGAUGCAUUAGUGUUGUUGAUGUCCUUGAAGGCUGGAGGUGUAGGAGUUAAUCUUACAGCAGCAUCUAAUGCUUUUCUGUUGGAUCCAUGGUGGAACCCAGCAGUGGAGGAGCAGGCUGUCAUGCGCAUACAUCGCAUAGGUCAAACAAAGAACGUUACCAUCCGGAAGUUCAUAGUUAAGGGAACAGUUGAGGAAAGGAUGGAAGCAGUGCAAGCCAGGAAACAGCGGAUGAUCUCUGGGGCCCUAACUGAUCAAGAAGUUCGGAAUGCUCGCAUAGAGGAGCUGAAGAUGCUUUUCACAUGAGGAAGAUGGUGAUUGGUAAAAUUGGAGUAUUUUGGACGUUGUUGCUGAAUCGAACCUUCGAAGACUGAGGACUUCGGAGGCGCUCUUUUUGGGACCUCAGUCUGUGGUUGGCAAGGGAAUGUAGCAGAAAGCAAGUAUGGAUCAUCAGGCAGGUGGACGGCUUUUUGGUGCACGAUGGUUUGGUUCUCUGUGUCAUCACUUUGUAGCUCUUUUUAUUAUUCUUCUUCAAUUGAAGCCAAAGAUGCCUUGCUUGAAAUGGGAAAAGCAAGCAUAUUUUCCUGGUGUACAGAAGCUGGAAAAAAAAAUUGAAGGAUAAUAUUUGUUCUAAGUUCCUUUGCCGAGCUGCUGGCUUGAUAGGUUGGCAGCGUCGUUAAAAGUGAAAGGCUCUCCAUUGCAUGUUCA